AUGCUCGACGACGAACGGCGGCCAGGCGGGGCUCGCCCCUCCGUCUCGCGCACUUCCUCCUCCUCCUCCUCUGUCUCCGCCAUGUCCGCCAUGUCCGCAGCUUCCGCGCGCGAUCCGCGCAGCCCCGCGCCCUCGCGCUCGAAACUCGGCGCGGGCGGAAGCGGUAGCGCGAGCGGGGGGGAGGAACAGGUGCAGUAUUUCCGCGCGAAGACGAUUGCGGCGGUGGGGCGCGGGGCGGACAAUAGGACGAUCUCGGGGAAGGACGUUCCGCGGCAGCGACUGCCCAUGCUUCCGCCGCCCGGAGCUCCGCAAGUCGUUCAGUGGUGCUUCCAAACCCUGGCCGUGCCAAUAAACCUGCCUCCGCCGAAGAAAGGUCAGCAGAAGCUGCGGUGCGGAAAGUGCCUCAAGGUGUCGCGCUACGCGGUCUUCCUUCCGCCCACGGCGGAAGAGGACGAGGAGGCGGAAGAUCAGCCGCCGCCGCCACAGCAGCAGCAGCAGCGGCAACGGCGGCAGCAGCAGCAGCAAGGGGAGGAGGCGGAAGUGGCGGAAGAGGACGAGGAGCAACAGGCGCUCUCCGCGCGCGGAAGGUCCGCGUCAACGGGGACUUUCAGAACGCGGAGUUUCCAGGGCAAUGCGCAGCAGCAGGCGGGGGCGAUGGGCGCAGGGCGCGGAAGCAGAAGCGUCAGCAGGGGCGCGGGGAAUAUGUCAGAGGACGACUCAGGGGCGGGGAUGCGGGGGCCCGGGGGCAGGCGGAGCGUGAGCGGGGCAGCGCGCGGAGGAGCGGGCGGAGGAGGCGGGGGAGGGGAGAGUGACGCGGGGAACGAGUAUGGGGAGCAGGGGGGAGGGGGAGUGCCCUUUCCGCCCCCGCCAGCAGGCAGACACCGCAGAUCAGGCUCGAAUAGCUCCGCGGCUAGCAACAGCAGCGCGCGCCAACAGGCGCAAUACGGGGGCGCAGGGCCAGGCCCGGGGGGAGGCGGAGCGGGCGGGGGCGGGGAGCUAGCAGGCGCAGGUCCGCGCAGUGCAAGGGGGGCAGGGCGUGGCGGAGCGUUCCCCCAGCCGCACUCGCGAAAAGCGUCUGUGGAGUCAAGCGGAAUGGGUGGCGGAGGAGGCGGAUGGGAGGAUGGCGGAGGGGAGAACGGGCCAGGGGGGCCUAUGGGGGGCGGAAGGGCUGGUAGAAGGGGGAACGGAAGUCGGGGCGGAGACGAGGAGUAUUAUCAGCAACAGCAGCAGCAGCAGAUGAUGCAACAGCAGCAGCAGUAUCAGUAUGGACCAGGGAGUGCGCGGGGGGAUGGGCGGUCGCCUUUGGGGAGGCAGCACUCGGGGGGGUUCAACCCCGCCUCCCCCUCCCCCAGAGGUCGCGGGCGGGGCGGGCAACAGUUCGGGCAGCAGCAGCAGUACGGGCAGAUGCAGCAGCAAGGGAUGGAUCCCGCGGAUGGUGCGCCCAGCCCCAGCCCCAUGGGCGGAGGGCGUGGGGGGAUGGGUGGAGGGGCUAUGGGUGCAGGGGGCAUGGCGGGGAGAGGUGUGGGGAGCCCGAGAGUAGCGGGGAGAGGAGGAAUGGCGCGGGGGGACAUGGGGUCGGGGAGGGGCGGAGGCGGAGGGGGAGGUGGGCCCCCAGGGAGGGGAGGGAUGGGGAUGAUGGGGCGGGGGGCACAAAUGGGGCGGGGACGAGGGGGAAUGGUGGGGGGAAGGAGAGGUGUGGAAGAGGAGGAGGAAGAAGAUGAAGAAGAAGAGGAGGAGGAAGAGGAAGAAGAGGAAGAAGAGGAGGAAGAGGAGGAGGAAGAGGAGGAAGAGGAGGAGGAGAGAGUAGGAAACGGCCAGGAGUAUCGGAGGAGAGUGGUGGUGAACAGUGUGCCAAUCCCGGAUCGCCAGGUGGCAGAAGCUGAGAGGCUAGCUGGGCCCAUUAAUCCGGGCACCUAUUGGUAUGACGUGGAUGCUGGCUUCUGGGGAGUGGUGGGUGGGCCCUGCCUCGGCAUCAUCCCUGCGGGCAUACACCAAAUCGCGCUAGGACCGCUGCAGCGGCAGGCAUCGGGAGGGCGCACGCGCGUGGUGGUGAACGGGAGAGAGCUGCACCGGCGGGACCUGGAUAUACUCAUGCAGCGCGGGCUGGCGGACGAGCCAGGAGUGGCGUACCUGCUGGACAUUGAUGGGAACCUCGUUGAUGCUGCCACUGGAGAGGACCUCCCUCCUGGCCUCGGCAAGCUCGCCCCCUCGUGA